CGUUCAGUGCGCACGAUGGCUGAACAACCUUUUCCAUGAUGGCCGAGGUUGCAACGAGUUUGUGAACUUUUUCAUUGUAGUAUAUAUCAAGGAUUUGUAUAUUAGAAUGACAAUGAUUUCCAAAACCGCGGUUGGGAUUGCGGUUGGUAUCGCCGGGAUUUUCGUCGGCUACUGCUUCUACUUCGAUCAAAAACGCCGUAGUGAUCCUGAUUUCAAAAAGAAACUUCGUGAACGUAGAAAAGCUAAGAAGCAAGCACAGAAAGCUUCCAUGAAAAUACCAGAUUUGAGGGAUCAUGAAUUGGUGCAAAAAUUCUUCUUGCAAGAAGUACAACUUGGGGAGGAAAUGCUUGCUUGUGGCGAGAUAGAAGGUGGAAUCGAGCACUUGGCUAAUGCAGUCGCAGUGUGCGGACAGCCAGCUCAGUUGUUGACAGUCCUUCAAAAGACUCUACCACCUCCAAUUUUCCAGAUUCUAGUACAGCGAUUACCCGCAGUUGGCCAGAAGAUAGUAUCACAAGCACAAAUGACAGAGGAGGAUGUUGAGUAGAGAGAAAAAUAAAGUCAUUCGUAAUUCUUAAAUAAAAUCUGAAAUUAGCGAAGAGUCUGCUCAUUUUUGCACAACAUGUGUGCAAGCAUAGUUUACAUAUAGAAAAUCCUUAAUCGUACAACUUGUCCUCUAAUGAACUUCCAUUUUCCUUGGCAAAUGUAUUAUCGACUGUAAGAAAUUUUUACGAAUAUUUAGUAUUUUAUUUUGUUAUAAGCGGAUAAAGUUUUAUAUCCGUUUGUUUGAAUAAAAGAAAUUUUAAUUCAACAACGUUUCUGACAAUUUCUGAUAGUUGUAAAGCUUAUAAAAUGGUAUUUCGUUGGUAUUAAAUUGAUAUUUAAUUUCUUUACAAUGCUAAUUGCAUCAUUAUAUGUUCAUCAAAUAUAAAUAUCACUAGUUUUUGCAAGAUUCUAAAUAUUUCUAUGGAAACUGUACACUCGAUAUCAAAUCUUGCAUAUUAUUAUUAAUUAUUAAUAAUUUUAAUAGAUUUAAAACCUAUUCAAAGAUAAUUGUUGUGUCUGCGUUUUGUAUCAUACUCUUGUUUACAAUUGAUUUUAAUUGGUUCUAAGAAAAAAUCUGUAACUCAUCUUUAAUAGUUCACGUGUUCAAAUAGUCUAUCUUUACCAACAAUAUUUCCUAAUGCCAAA